UGCAGCCGUCUGCUCCGUGGGCUACUGGUUUUAUUUCAUCCUGGUCUUAUCCUGUUCUCGUCCAGCGUUACAAACGGGAUGCUCCGGGCUGAGCAGCAGCUUCGAAAGAGGAAAAAAGGACCAGCGGUGAUAACUCAAAGCUAAAUUUCAGUCCAUCAAGGAGUUUACGUUUCUCUUUCCUUUGUGGAUUUGAAGAAGGAGACUGUUGUUUUUGAAGCUCCGCUCCAUGUAAAACUACUUUUUUCCCCCUUUCCGUGCGGCUCUGCUACUGGAUUAAACCAGGACUGUACUUSGGGUGUAAAUGGAUCGCCAGUCCAGUUUCAUUUCCAUCUGGCUACAACUGGAACUGUGUGCCAUGGCUGUCCUUCUGACUAAAGGGGAAAUCAGGUGUUACUGCGACGCGCCGCACUGUGUCGCCACUGGAUACAUGUGCAAAUCGGAGCUGAACGCCUGCUUCACCAAGGUCCUGGACCCGCUCAAUCCCAACUCUCCCCUCACCCACGGGUGUUUAGACCCCACGGCCAACGCUGCAAACGUGUGCAGCAGCAGCAGCCAAAGGGCAUGGGACCCUGUGAGCGGGGCCGCGGCGCUCGAGUGCUGCCAUGAUGACAUGUGCAACUACAGAGGCCUGCAGGACCUGGCACACACCAGAGACUCACCAGACGGCCGGUACCAGCCCGACAACAGGAACCUGGUGACGCGGGUCCAGGAGCUGGCCUCGGCUAAAGAGGUGUGGUUCCGGGCGGCGGUGAUCGCCGUGCCCAUCGCCGGCGGCCUCAUCCUGGUGCUGCUCAUCAUGCUGGCGCUGCGGAUGCUGCGCAGCGAGAACAAGCGGCUGCAGGACCAGCGGCAGCAGAUGCUGUCGCGGCUCCACUACAGCUUCCACGGGCACCACACGAAGAAGGGCCACGUGGCCAAGCUGGACCUGGAGUGCAUGGUGCCGGUGUCGGGCCAGGAGAACUGCUGCCUGACCUGCGACAAGAUGAGGCAGGCCGACCUGGGCGGCGACAAGAUCCUGUCUCUGGUGCACUGGGGGAUGUACAGCGGCCACGGCAAGCUGGAGUUCGUAUGACUUCCUGUUUGGGACUACGUGACUGUCAAAUCAGCCAGGACUGCCACAUUCCUGACUUUUCAAUCCAUCCAUUGGUUCGUGGUUUUUGCUUUUCUUCCAAUGGCGAUGAAAGGAGACUGAUCUAGAGGAGCACUUUACUUGAAAAUAAAAGGCAGAGCUGUAUUUAAACUUGAGAGGUGGACUGAGCUCUGCUGCCUCCCUGAGGAUCCUGGACUUUUUAACGCUGAAACGCUGAAGGAUUCCAAAAUUUUCUUAUUUGCACAUUUGUGACAAACGAAAGCGUUGACACAAGAAUUUUACACUGACACCAGGGUACACACAAAGAAAGGACUUGUUAGAGGAGUUAAAAGAGAUCCAGUGUUUUGACAGUAGGUGUGCACACUCCUCUGUAAGUUUGACUCAAGCUUAUUGUAAAAAGUUGAAAUAUCUAUAUAUUUUUGUUUGAAAUUGACCAGCGUGUCUUGUUCUGAGUGAUUGUUCAGCAGCUUUCUGUGAUUAGACUAAAACGUUUGACUGUGUGUGUGAAAGGAGAAAAACUUCAUUAAAAAGUGACUUUUUUAUUUAUGUG